AUGGCUGAAGGUGGAACUGAGAGUCUCCCUACGGGGAAUACUUUGGUGAAGUACAACAAUCCUGUGCUUGUGGUGACACAUGCUGAGAAGAGACCAGCUACUGCGGGUCCCAUGGGGAGUCCCACAAGUGCUGAGCUGUCACCGAGGAGUAAAAGUAGCCCAGGAGCGGUGGCAGAGAGCCGGAAGGAGGCUGAAGAGAUCCUUAACUCAGUGCUGCCGCCAAGAUGCUGGGAAGAGGACGGACAAAUGUGGAUGCAGACGGUGUCUAGCACUCCAGCUACACGCCAAGACGUGAUAAAUCUUCAAGAGAUGUUGGAUACGAGACUGCAGCAGACGCAAGCGAGAGAAACGGGCAUUUGUCCAGUCCGCAGAGAGCUCUACAUGCAAUGUUUUGAUGAAUUAAUUCGUCAGGUGACAAUCAAUUGCACAGAAAGGGGUCUUUUGCUGCUCCGCGUGAGAGAUGAGAUCGCCAUGUCGAUGGAAGCCUAUGAGACUUUGUAUUGCAGUUCGGUGGCAUUUGGCAUGAGAAAGGCUCUGCAAGCUCAGGAAGGCAAGGAAAGUCUACAAUCUCUGGUUACCGUGCUGCAAGCGGAGAAGAAGGUUCUGGAGAACACCAUCAGUGACAUGAAGAUUAAGGCGGAUCAAGUGGAGAGGCGAAAUGCUGAAUUGAGAGCAUCUGAGGAGAAAAAGCAUGCAGAAGAGAUAGCCUUCUUGAAGAAAACAAGCGCGCAAUUAAAGGCUCAAUUAGAGGGUAUCAUUGCUCCGAAGAAGUAAGGAUGGUGAUCUUCAGAGUAUUCACUCUUCGUGGGAUGAAAUGGUGAGACAAUGCUUGUGUACUUUUCAUUGUCACGAUGGUGAUAAGUCAAUUACUAAAGUAAGUUCCAAAGCUCAGCCAAUCAUCCCACAAAACCAGGCAAGAAACACUGAAAACGUUAAUAAAUUUAUAUAUUUGACUAAGAUUAUGUAAAUUAGAUAAUAAAUAUAACGAAAGGGACAUGGUUAAAUUUCAUUUUAUAUGCACGGGGGAGGGAAAAUCUCUUUUCGAUAGGAAUGUUGCGAAUAAAAAUAGACCGAGAUUGCUAGUUUCAUAA